ACAGGCCACCUUUUCUUCGCCAACUGAACUUCAUACCAACUUUUUUGCGGUGCUGAGCGACUCGUAGUUAAUGCUGCAUAACAAAAAAUCUGCUGACAACCUCCUGGUCAUUGGAUGUGCCUUUGCCUUAUAUACCCCGUCCCGCAGUUUCCUACGACACAUUCGGCCGAUUCUGAGUAUUCUCUGAAGCAUUUCUUGGUGGAUCAACUCAUCUUCGUGCAUCUUCUCGAGAGGGAGAAAUGGAGUGCUCCAAGCAUUUUAAGCUGGUGGUGGUGGGAGUGUGCGCCCUGCUGGUGCUAUCUAUGGCGGGCGAUGUCAAUGCUGCGUGCAGCCUGUCGCAGGUGCGAACUUGCACAUCGGCGGUGAUAGCACCGAACCAAAUGCCAUCGCAGCAGUGCUGCUCUGAACUGUCGGCCAUCACCGACUUCAACUGUUUCUGCUCCAUGCUGCUCAACCAGGGGACCAACUUGAAUCAGGACUAUAUCAACAAUGCCUUGCUAAUACCAUCGAAAUGCGGGGAGCAAGGAAGGAACCUCAGGGGCCAGCGAUGCGGAAACUACGCGAUUCCUUGAGGGAACUUUUGCUAGACCUGUUGCCGAUGUCGAGCAGCACACCGACAUGUUGAUGCUCAUGGGUUGAAGUGCAUGUCUUGUCUAGCUGGCUAGCUUUCAAUUGAGUCCCAUGAGCUCGUGCCUGAUGUCGAGUGCAUGAUUGUUCCACAUUGAGACAUCAAUACAGAAUGAAACUAAGUUUCUGUCCCUGUUUGUUACAUCGA